AUGAAAAACGAAUGCACUCCUUCUCCUUCAGAAAACCGAAAGCAAAAUUCAAAGAGAAAAUCUCUUUCAGAAGACAACCAUGAUGAAAACAGAAAGAAAGCAACCACUAGUCGUCACCUUCAAUCUUUUCCACCAAAAGAAUCGCAAAACACAACCACCAGAAAAUUUCUUUCAGAAGACGGUUAUGAAAAGAACAAGAAGACGAACAAAGUAACUACUAGUCCUCAAUCCUCAAAAAGAAGAUGCGGUAUAUGUUUUGAUUCUGUAAUUAUCUCGGAAAUCUUCAAAAGUGCUUUAUGCAAUCACCCUUUUUGUACUAAAUGCAUAUCCAAGUAUGUCAAACUUCAAAGAAAAGAAAAUGUGGUGAAACUCAACUGUCCGGAUCCAGAAUGUUCUUUGGAACUCAAACCACAACAUUUGCAAUCCAUUUUACCUAAACAAAUCAUUGAUGAAUGGGAAUAUGCAAUUUACGAGUCUUCGAUUUCUUUGAAGCGAAAGAUUUACUGUCCUUAUAAGAACUGUUCUGUUAUGUUGGUGAAUGACGGGGAAGAAGUUGUUACAAGUUGUGAAUGUCCUUCUUGUCAUAGGCUUUUCUGUGCACAAUGUAAGGUUCCAUGGCAUGCUGAAAUGAGUUGCCGGAGAUUUCAGAAGUCGACAAAGGGUGAAGAUGAAAAAAAAUUGGAUGAGAAAUUUAUGGAAUUGGCUAAAAGAAAAAAGUGGCAAAAAUGUCCCAAAUGUUGUAUGCAUGUUCAGAGAAAUGGUGGAUGCGAACACAUUUCGUGCAGGUGCGGAUGUAACUUCUGCUACCAGUGUGGUAAGGAUUGGAUUCAUGGACAUAUAUGCAAAUAUUCGCGGUAA